GUCGUUGGAAUCUUUCUACAAUCGAAGCGGAACGGGGUUCGUUUGUGGAGGCGAUUCAACUGGCAACUGGACCAAGUCCAAAAGUUCGAAGAAACUUUGAAAAACCUCGAUAACUUUGAACUUCUGGGGCCUUAAACAUACAACUGGUAGCCAUGAGGUUCCGAUCGUGUCCAUUGCUGUUAAUUUUAUUGACGAUUUUCGUCAACAAUGUUUCUGGUGUUUUAUGGACAAAAGAACCUCCAAAGCCAACGAUAGUCUUUCUAGGGCAUAAUAGCACUGGUGUAGAGCUAAGAUGGGACUUCGAUCUGCAAUUAACAAACUUUGUAUUUGGAAAGUUAGAGGUCUACAACGAGAAGGAGGGAGGUUCAGAAGUAAUGAUAAAAAAUGCGAUCCAGCCGGGGAAUGCAGGGAGUAUUCCGCUAAACACUAACUACUACUACGUUGAUGCCAACAUCCCAGCGACUGGUGCUUCAGACAAGAAGGGAUAUUUAAAACUCACGAUAAAAAACGUCGUGGAGCAAGGAAAUGAUGGAGAUGGACACAAAAUCGACCCUGAGAAAGAGGACGUCUACGUGUACAGAUUUGAAUUUACUGACUCGGGUGGUACCGAAUAUAAAAGCGAAGUUCCCCUACGAACAUACCGCACCCCUUCCUUUGUGUCAUACCCUGCUAACUCCAGCGAGUCAGCUGGUGUGAGUGUGAAAUUGACAUGUGAGGUGAUUGGGAAGCCAACACCAAGCGUCACUUGGACCAAACUUGGUGACCCAAACUGGCGCAGGGUAGAGGCCAUCACCAGUAUAAAUAAUUUCCAGAUUGCUGAUAGGGGUGUCUAUAUAUGUACUGCAUCAAAUGGGUUUGGGUCGAAUAUCACCGCUGUCUCUGUUGUGCAGUAUUCAGGAUGUACUAGUGGGUGUGCUAAACAGACUGUGGGGAUUCAGAUGACAGACUUGACAUGGACUGGAAGUUAUCAAGUUAAACAAGUAUACACCAAAGAAAUAAAAGAUCUAGAGAGCAGAAUUGUGUAUGAGAUUGCAGAGCAGUACCAAAAGCAAAAUAAAAACCUCUAUCUGGUUGAAGUUGAACGUUUCAGGUCUGGCAGUGUUACUGCGAUUGUUUCUCUUCAGCAGCCUGGAAACACUGUGGACUUAAAACCUCUUGAAGACAUGAUAGCAACAGGAAGCCUGGCUGGACAAACUGUAAAUAGGAACUUUGUCAGCACAACAGAUGCACCAUCACCCUCAACCUCACCAACACCAAGCCCGUCCUCUGAGACAACAACCAAGCCUGUCCCUCCGCCAGAUACAGGUGGAAUCUCAGACACUGCACUGUAUGCUAUUAUUGGAGUAAUUGCGGCAGUUGUGGUAAUUGCCGUCAUCAUUCUUAUAGUCUGCUUUGUGCAGAGGAAAAAAAGAGGAGACACACGUAAAGGUGACAAAUAUCAGCAAGAUGGGAAACAGUACAAACCACCCCCGCCUGCGAGCCAACCCCUCACCAAGCUAGAUGACUACCCUUACGACGAUGCUAAUUCACAGACACCUAAAGAGUUGGAUUAUGCUGAACUGAAUUUCCAGAACCGCUACCCGAACGGGGAAGAGCACUACCCGCCACCACAGUACGAACCUACAGCUUAUGCAGAGGUCGGUCACGCAAAACCCAACAAGGACGACAGCGAAGUGGAAUGGGACAAGUCAGUUAACGAUGGAAUGUGGAUUUAAGUCUUCUUGCAACCCUGUAAGAUAUUACGAUCUGCUGUUGAUAUACGCUAAAGCACCAGCUCCAUUAAUGUAUCAGUGAAUGAGCUCACGGGAACGAGUUUACAUUCCUGGCAGCCAUCUUGAAUUAGUCAAGCAGCACUGAGAUGGCAGUCAUUAAGGUUAUGACACACUAGAGAUAAAGAUAGAAAAAUUCUAGAAACCCUUGUCAAAAAGGUUCAGUAGCAAAAUUGAUGUGUUUCUACGGUUGCCAAAAAUAUCAUUAGCUCAUAAUGCUAACAAAUCGUCCGUUCAUAGAGCAAGGAAAGUAUUUUCAUAAGAAAUAAUGCAGGCUUGAACUUCGUCUAGACGACUUUUCACGCUAGAUACACGCUGGAAUACAAGUUAGGGUAGUAUCUAAUAAUAUAAGCUUAUUCACUCGAUGUAAUAUAAUUUUAUAGAAGCUUAUAUCUGCUGAUUUUUUUGGUAAACGAUUUUGUCCUCACCAAACAAGGAACUCAUUUUGUACACUUGUGAUAGGGUAUCGCGUUUUAUCCAAUCAACGCACGAAUUGCAAGUCAACAAACUUCGAUGUCGGUAUUUUAAGGCCUAGACUAGACGCCGUUCUUUUCAUAUACCGUCCAAAAAAAAAAUUCAAUUAUCUUGUCUUUUUUGCAUUCAUUUGCAUUUGGAACGAAACAUAAAAAUGACGACGUCUACAUCUGAGACUCCCAGUCUCUUAAAAUGCAAAAGUUCAAAGACGGACAAAAGCGUUAUUUGCCAGUUGCAGUUUUAAGAAUAUUUUAUUUUCAAAAAGGUAAUCGUGGAAUCGGUUGGAUGAUGUAUUAAAACAUGGUUCCCAGCCAACGAAAAGAACGAGUUUCUUUUUUUCAUUUAGAAAAAAAAAAUGCUGAAAAUAUUAAGAAAAAGUUAUGGCAUUGACAACAACAAAAAAUCAACAAGAUUUGUUUGUUUGUUUUUGCCACGAAUAUUCACGUCUCAUAACCGUCGAGGACCUUCAAAUUGCAAAUAGUUAAAAAAAAUUAAAAAAAUAUUUUGAGGCUGUGUACCCUUAAAAAUUUCUGAACUUUGUUAUGGUUGAAAUUCUUCUCAUGCCUGCAUAGCGAUAGCAAACGUUUCUGGGAUGAGCGUGAUGGGAGUAAAAAAAUUUUCGCUCAGAAACGCUUGUUAGACAGGCUUUUCACGUGUACCGAAGCUCCUCGAUAGUUUCUUUUCAUUACCAUGCACAUAUUUUGUACUGUAAAAUAGUUCAAGCAAUGUAUACUUUUUUUUAUUUCUAGUGUUUGAAGUCCUAAUAAAGCUGAUAUAAUCGA